UGGACCAAACGCUAGCUUGUCCAGGAACUGCAGAAAUAAAAAGCUGAGACAUUCCUCGAGUUCUUCCAUACACUCUCUCCUUUCCUUCCACUCCAAUGGCCCGGGAUGAUGAGGUUGUGCUCCUUGAUUUCUGGACCAGUCCCUAUGCGCUUAGGGUGAGAAUUGCUUUGGCUGAGAAAGGAGUGGCGUAUCAACACAAGGAAGAGAACUUAUGGGACAAGAGCCCCCUGCUCCUCAACUCCAAUCCAGUUCACAAAAAAAUCCCGGUUUUGAUCCACAAUGGAAAGCCGGUUGCCGAGUCUCUCAUCAUUCUCCAAUACAUUGAUGAGGUGUGGAGCGACAGAUGCCCGCUGCUGCCCAAAGAUCCGCAGCAGCGAGCAAACGUGAGGUUUUGGGCUGAUUUCUUUGAGAAAAAGAUAGAUGCAUCUGGCAGUAUGACAUGGAGGGUCAAAGGAGAGGCUCAAGUGGCAGCAAAGAAUGAAUUUAUUGCACAAUUGAAGCUGUUGGAAGAGGAGUUGGCGGAGAAUCCCUUCUUCGGAGGUGAAACUUUUGGGUACAUGGAUAUUGUUUUCAUUUCCUUUGCAUCUUGGUUCUAUUCCUAUGAGAAAUCUGCCAAUUUUAGCAUAGAGGAGGAAUGCCCCAGGCUCAUGGCUUGGAAGAAGAGGUGCAUGGAAAGAGAGAGUGUCUUGAAGCACCUCCCAGAACCUGAGAAGAUCUAUGAAUAUAUGUGCUCCAUAAAAAACAAGUGGAAAAUGGAAUAGUGGAGAUAGGGAGUGGUCUGAGGAUGGUAGAAUAAAGAGAUUAUAUAUGAGUGAUAAUAGUAAUCAUUAUCAAUAUUAGCAUCUAUAUAUGCUAUGCAUGUAUUUUCUUUUGUUGUCAAAAUAGUUUUUGUAAUUUCUUUCUUGUAAACAGUUUUGUACUUCAAUAUAUCUCCUCAGGAGCUAUACAGCUCUGUGCUAGCAAAUUGUACUAGGCUUGAUCUUAGCAGAAAUCAGCUUGCUGGAUUUGCUCCGGAAGAACUUGGUGAUUCGGUGAAAGCUUUCUGAUAACCAUCAUAGAAAGACCAUCCCUGCUGAGCUCAAAAGAAAGAGGGAAUCAUUUUUGUGGUCAUGUACCAGUUGAGCUGGGCCAGCUCCCAACCCUGUAAAUUGCUCUCAUUGCCAGCUACAAUGCGCUUGGGGACUUGCAAAUGUUGGAAAACCUCUACUUGAACAACAACCAGCUAGAUGGUGAAGUGCCAUCAUCAUUCGGCAGGUUUUCAAGCCUCCUAGCUUGCAAUCUCUCAUAAAACAACUUUGUUGGGUCAUUGCCUGACCUCCUUUGUUCAGAAGAAUGGAUGGUAGCAACUUUCUAGGAAAUGAUGGAUUGUAUACAAUGAAUAAUAAAGCUUUCCAGCCUACACCUUUGCGGACCGACACUGAAGGAAUCAGGUUGGGCAAUAAAGGAAACCUCAAAGGAGAAAAUGGUGUAAUUAGCAUUGCUGCUGUAAUUGUGGGAUUAAUUUCCUUGUUCUUGACAAUGGGGUUUUGUUGGUCUCCAAAGCGUCGCAUUCCUGAUCUUGUUUCAUUCGAAGAUUGUAAACGUGGCAUGUCUGGUCCUCAUUAUUUUCCCAUGGAGGGUAUCACAUAUCAAGAACUUCUUAAGGCCACAGACAGUCUCAGAGUGUAAUGUUAUAUGAAGGGGUGCCUAUGGAACAGUAUACAAGGCUGUCAUGCCAGAUGGGGCCAUAAUCGCCAUCAAGAAGCUGAAAUCCCAGUGAGAUUGUUCUAGCAUCGGCAGCAAUUUCUGAGCUGAGAUAUCCAGCCUCGGAAAUGUUUGCACUGCAACAUUGUCAAGUUCUAAGCUUAUAUUGCAUGAAUAUAUGGCAAAUUUUCAUGGAAACAGGGACACAUCUACUUGCUUGGCAUGCUUGUUAUAGGAUUGCUAUUGGAACUGAGGAAAGCUUGCGCUAUCUUCACUGCAACUGUAAAACCCAAAUUCUAGACCGUGAUAUAAAAUCAAACUAUAUUCUAUUGGAUGAAACAAUAGAAGCUCAUGUAGGAGACUUCGGCUUGGGAAAAUCGACACAUUUCACACUCCAAGACCAUGUCUGCAGUUGCUGGUUCAUGCAGCUGUAUU